GGGGGGGGGGGGGGGGUGUGUAUUGGGGAGUGGUACGGGGGUGGUGACCUGGCUGUAUUGAUGGUACAAUGGUAAAUCCUUAUACUUUGCGGGAUGUGCUUAAGUAUGUGCUGUUGGUCCACGUGCAUGUCCGUUUGUCGAAAGGUGAGCAAGUUCGAAGAGAGCGGCUGUCGAGUGUCGAUAUAUACUGUACGUGUGCGUCUGUGUGUGAAUGUGCCUGUGUGUCUGUCUGGAUGCAUACGUGAAACUAUGCAUGUGGUUUUCCAGAUCAGUGUCUACUGCACAAACAGACCCACCCCUCCUAUUUUAAUGCAGCCUCUGUGAGGAACUAACUGUGCAAUACAUUUCACUCGCAACUUGAAUUGACCAAUAGCAACUACUGUUUUUAGGUGUGCCACUUCUGAAGGUUCUACUUAGCCAUGCGUAUUUGUCUCCGCUCGUCGGCUAUAUUUAUGUCUGUAAUAUAUCACGCUCUCCUAACGAGGACAAAGAACUAAAAUAGCCUAAAGCACAUUCCUAAAUAAGUUUUGCCUCUGUAGACAGCACUACUUUAGGUCUUUAUUUUUAAUGUGGUGUAACAUGGAGAAACUAGAGCUAAGUGUUACGAGGAGGAUGUACACAGAGUGUUAUCUCCUCACCUUAGCAAGGGAGAGAGACCACAGGGAUUGUUGCAUCACUGUUGUUUGUGCUGUUGUUAUUGUUGUUAUUGCUGUUGUUGUUCUUGUUGUUUGUCUUAAGUCCUAAAAUGAUUUGUAAUACUAAUUGAUUUGUAUUACCUGUACGUAUGACUGCAGUUUAUGUGCUAUGGAAGCACUAUGUUUUACUUUGCUAAUUUGUCACCUCUGGGAUGCAUGAGGGAUGAUGUCUAAAGCAAAUCAUUAAUAAAGAUUUAUUUAUUUUCAGUAAAUCUGUUGUGGUGGUGUCUAUCUAAUGCAUCUAGUGCUUUACAAAUGAGCAGAUAAAACAAUAGGGAGCGAUGAUAAUUGCAGACAGCUUAGCAAGGAUCUGCCUCUGUAUGACAACUUGUGUUGCUCACAAUGGUUCAGACCAUUUUGUUUUGUUUUUUGUCUCUUCAUUUGUCCCUGGUCCUUAAUUUGUCCCAUGCAGAAAAUCUCAUCUCCUCAGCUGAACAUUCAACUCAGCGCCACUUCCUGUUCAUUGUGAACAAUAUGCACAAUGCCACAGCAAUUCACACUGCUCUUAAUGAUAAGGCCGUUCCAACAGCUUCAUUUAAAUGGAGUGGUAUCGCCUCUUUGUCUGUUGCCCUUUUCUGUAAGCACUAAAAAAGGUCCCUAAAAUAAAUAAACACACACCCAUGUUUAUGAAGAAAAAAGAAUAAAUGUCAUUCCCAUUUUCCCAUCACUGGCUGUGCAAUCUGGGCCCGUGUUGCCAUAGAAACUUGUCUCUCAGACAGGGCCACAUUGUGAAUCUGUCGGUGGCACUGCAGGUUGAAUGGGUGCUUAAGGGAUUUGAUAUUAUAAGGAGCCCUUUUGUGCAGUGGGCCACAGAAUGGGGUUGGCAGACACACCACAGGGAUAAACUCGUGAAAGAGCUGCCGCUGAAGAGGUCUGCCCUGGUGAUUUGACACACAGGUGUCAUUGAGCGGUCAGGUAACGUCAUGAUAAUACAUACUUAAUGCAUCCAAAGCCUCAAAUUCAUCUCUGAUCAUUUGAAAGGGUUUCUUUUUCCCCAAAAAUGUAUAGAAACUCUCACAAAAGAUUAACUGUGCCGAGUUUCUUUUUUUUUUUUUUUUUUGGCCUAUUACUUUCUAGGAGGAUUUGCAGCUUGUGGAAGUUGGCUUGUGUACCUGCUGUGUCCUGUGUGCUGACUGCUGGCACCAGAAGAUUGCUGUGCAUUCAGCGGCUGAGACUGGCGGACUCGUGUGCACCCCGCAUGUCUGCACUCUCAGUCUCCUACUGUUGUUCACCCUCCAAUCACUCCUUCUCGCUUCUGGGAGGAAACAACGGGGCCUGUGUUGCGUUGUGGUGUUUUGCACGGUGAGGGGAUUGCGUGUGUGUUUUGGAAAAUUUGCUUUUCCUGGAUUGGUGUGGAGUGAGUGUGGCGCCGUGCGUGCGGCACCCCAAACCUGGCAACCCAAUGGAAAACCGAUGACCUAAUUCUCAACAGAUAUUUCCUCCUGAAUCUAAAUGUGAGCUGUUAGUUAAACAACUAAACUGUGUCGAUUGAGGUUACCCUACAUUUCAAUUCAUGACACCCAAAGGGGCCCCUUCCAACGCAGCCUAGCUCCCAACAUCAAGCCAUGCCGCGGUCUUCUGGCUCCACUCCAACCCCUUCGACCCCCAGAAGGCUUUACUCUAACUCCCUGGCAUUUCCUCAGGUUGAAGUGUGGGGGGAUGACCUCAUGUCACCUCAAUGGGGCACCAUUGGUGCACUGGCACAAACAAGAGCUGGGGCAGUAGGGCCCCGCGCCAACGGCUACAGAGGUGGACUUGUUGACUGGUCAUGAAAAACAUUUUGUCCCACCCCAGUGUGUUUUGAAGCACUUGUGAUAUGCAAUGGAACUGACCAGAAAAAAGCUUACCAGCACAUAGGAAAGUUAAUGAGUCUAUGGAGGGAUGUCGAGCGUCUAGUUGCGCUCUAUCAAAUACUAGGCUACAGUGUUGUGCUAGAGAGGUUGUGUGGGUGAUGUUAUUUUUGUAAUAGUUAAUGUUCAGAGUUCAGAAUUGUUCCCCCUAUUGUAUCUGUUUGAAGCUUCCCUCCUGGCCUCAUUGUGUUUUUCAUUCAGAUUGUCAACCGGAGAGCAAAGAAAUACCUUUUCAAAGAGUGGUCUGGGGCCAUUUAUAGUCUUUCCUCAAGUUCUCUCAUUGAGGUUAGCUGAACAAAUGGCUAAUAUUUGUAAAUGUUUAAUUAUAAUGAAUUAUAAUGAACAAAACCUGCCGCACUAACGAUAUUAGCCAGGUCAACCUAAAAAUAAAAGCCUGUUAUGACAUUGAUGCAUAACUCUCCACAGAAGUCAUUUUGAAUAAUUAAAAAAUCCAAAAAAGACGUGCCAUGGUUGAUUGAGGACGUCCUGCAUUAUAAAACACGGACUUUUUGUCUUCAGGUUUACUUUGGCCUGGGAAAAAGAAAGGGAAGGGAAAAGGGAGGGGGGGAGGGGAAAAAAAGCUUCCUGAACUUGGAUCAUCAAUAAUGGAGGAUGCAUCAGCAGGUCCCGGUGGGGGUUUAUAUUGCACUUCUGUGAGUGUUGCUAAUGAUACUGGGGAGAGAGGGAGGAGGCAGCGCUGUAUCUCACAGAUAACAGCCCAGCCCAGCCCAGCCCAUCGUGGGAGGCAGCCGAUUGGAGUAGAGAGGGAGUCCAGUGCAGAGAGGAGGACAGCGCUGCUGGUAGUCUGAGAGCGAGAGCAGGGGUGCUGGAGACUGAGAUUGGCAGAGCAGCCCCCCACACUGCUUUUGUGUGAUUUCGAGAUUUCGUGGAAGAAAUCCGGGGAAAGAAAUCUGCAUCGGUUGUUUUGUUUCUUUCUGGGCCGGGACUUGACUUGUCUUUUAUCUCCCUUCUCUUCUCAUCUCUUCCUCUCCUCUUUCGCUCUUACCUCUCACUUUAUCUUUAGUUUUCUUCUUUUGUUGUUUGUCUUUGUUGUUAUUCUGUUCUGAUCUCAUAUUAUCUCUCCUUCCUUUCACUUUCCUGUACGUAUAUAUACACACCUCCCACGUUAUCUCUCUCUCUCUCUCCCUCUCUCUCUCUCUUUCUCUCCCUCUGAGUGGAGCAGGAGGGAGGCGGGCAGUCCAGUGAGAGCAGUCAGAGUACUCAUAAGAGGUGGGGGCCAGAGAGGAGGCUGCUGCUGCUGUAAGCUGUAAGCUUGGCCACACAGCUGCUCACCAGUAGUAGGUCUUCUCUCUCUCUUGCUCUCUCGUUCUCUCUCUCUCUCUCUCUCUCUCUCACGCUCACUCUCCCCACUCCCUCCCUCCUCUCUCGGGUCUCUGUCUCACUCGGUGUGUCCUGUGAGGAAAGCAUGGAGCCCAACAGUCCCAAGAAGAUCCAGUUCUCUGUGCCACUGUUCCAGAGCCAGCUGGACCCGCAGGCAUCCGAACAUAUCCGAAAGAGAAGACCCACACCCGCCACUCUGGUUAUUUACAAUGAUCCAAACGCAGCAGAUGACAAACAGACACCCAGCGGCCAGGGAGAGGCUCCCAGCACACAGCUCUCCCCUGCACAGAGGAAGCAGAGUGUUUACACGCCGCCUACCAUGAGAGAGCUGCAGCUGGUGGUGGAGCAGCACUUUCAGAGGCAGGAGCAGCAGCAGGAGGCGGGGCUCGCUGACAGCCCCGACACGCCCAGUCCAAUCACGGCGCAACGCUACGGCAAUGCCGCGUCCCCACUGUGGGUCAACCACAACUGCCCCGAGCCCAAUGGCAAUGACGCGCGCGUCAGCCAGCCCCUCGGCACACAGGGCAGUCCAGGCAGCAGCACUGCUGCUGGGGGGAUAGAGCAUCAGACCGACGCUCAUGGAGCAUGCGGGGAGGAGGACAGGGACACCCCACACCCACAUCCACCCCACCCCCACUCGAUCCCUGUCUCGCUGUCACGCCAGGGCCUGUCCCACCUCGACACGCUGUCCGAGUCUGAGGAGCUGUCAGCGGUGGGAGCUCCUCCCCGGCGUAAAGACACGCCCUACCAGCACCAGCCCCCCUUCACCCCAGGAGUGAAGCAGAUGAAGACACAGACACAGGCCGAGUCGCCCUUCCUUGAGGAGGAGGAGGCCCUCAGCGACCAGGAAGAAGGCGCCGCAAAGUGAGCACGUCCUGAAAAGGCCUGAGGUGCAUGAAGGUUUAAAAGAGCUUUGGGGGUAUUUUUUCAAAAGUGACCUUUCAUUUUUCUAUUAUUUCUCACUUUUAUUUUGUUGUAUUAUUACAUCCUUUAAUUAGUCCUUGCGUAGAGGUGAUACUGAUUGUCAACAAGUAACAAUGUUGGGUUACUGGCAUUGAAAUCAUCAGCAGUUUCUGUGUUUUCAUUUCAAGUACUUCAAGAUUUGUUUUGGCAUUCUUACCGUUCCUUUUUAAAGUGGAGGUUUCAGUUAAGGUUCUUCUUGUUUCACGUGUUGAUUAUUGCAAUAGAGGAGCCUGUAUGGCAAUGUCACAGCAAUACUGGUGCAGCAUGCAGAGGGGUGUCAGGCUGUGUACUGGUUCAUGUGUUCUUACCACAGAGAGUAAAGCUUCAUUGAGCUAGUACCAGUAUACUGGCAAAGACGUGUGCAUUCCUGACAAAUGUUACUUGUACUAUUUUUGUAGAUUCUGCUGUUUCAUAUUGAGGCUGUCAAUGCGAUGCAUUUGUGAGACAUUGUGAAUGGAGUGGGACUCUGAAUUGCAAUUUAUACUGUUUAUCAUGAGAUUCCUGUAAAGUCUCUUUAGUAAAACCCCGACUCUGUGGAAAAGACAUCUUUCUUUCAUACUGAGAAUAGAAAAUCUAUUGUUCAUAAAAUGCCAAUGCCAGAAUCCUUCUUUGUAUAUAAUCCAAAUGGAAUCACAAGCUUUUGUGCUUGUCCACCAGUAUUGGAGAACCUUGGAUUGUCAGAUAACUCAAAUCCUACAGCUUGCUUUAAAACGGAUCCAAUACAAAUACCCACACACUGAAAGCAGAAUAGUGCCUUAACCUGAUUAAAUAACCAGGUCAAUAUAGCUCAUGUUAUCUUCAUGGUGACAAAUUGAUAAGAUAGUUAACAGCAUAAAAAGAUGUAUUUAAGAUAUUCUGUUUUUAAAAAGACAUCUUCUGUGUCAGUGUUAUUCAAUUGUAAGGAAUGCAUUUAAAAAAAUACUAUGUCUCUAUUUCUGUGCAUGAGACAUUUAGGUUAUGUUAUGUUAUAACAAGUACUUGUACCAAUUUUUGUUGCUAAACAGAUAUACUGAUCACAUUGUGCAAAUGUGCAGACUGUAUCUGUCCAUUCAAAGCAUUUUUUGGUCAGUACUCAGCAACUGCAAAUGUCUGAAGGAACUGGAACUGUUUCUCCGUAGACUACCCGAUGGAACUUGGUUGUGUUGGUCUAACGACCCUUAAUGAAACAAUACGUCUUUUUAAACAAUGUAUUUCCACAUGAGUGAUACCAACUUGAUAUUCAAAAGCAAUAGCCUGCUGUUUGGACACAAGUAGAAAUGUAAUGAAAUCCCUGAUACUUGCCUGAGGAACUGGCAGCUUUCAUUUAUGAAAUGUGUUUCAAUUAUUUUUAGAUGCAUGGCUCUUACUUUACCAAAAAUAAACAUACCUGCUUUGUUUGCUUCAAA